CUUGUUUCAUUGCAGAAGAGUUUACCGAGAGCUACAGUGGUUUGAACGCAGGGCCUUCCCCCCCGUAUGUGCUUUCGCUCUGCGUAUAUACGGAUGGUUUGUAAAUGGAGUCAAAGAAAUUUUCCAACACACGUCUCACGGAUUUUGCGAAGAAACUGGAUUUUAUAAACUGAGUCGCCAUUUCAAGUCGGCAGAAUGCCGGAUAAGGACACUGAUUUCCCUGGGAAUCUAGGGACAUUAUAGCCAUUAAGACUGGCUCAUUCGGAUUACCCCGAUCGGACUGUUUCUUUGAUCAAGUUGGGUCAUUGUGGAUGAUGGAUGGCCGAGACUUCGGACCCCCCAGAUCUGUUCACGUACCGCCGCCCCACAUCUCGGGGCUGCCCAUGGAGUCACACCGACUCGGCGCGGCCGCUGCGGCCGGCAGAAUACCACCGUCUCCCGGUCAUCUGGGCGCGGGCCACCCGGCGGCUCUACACACUGGGAAAUAUCUCUCAUCGGCCAUGAACCUACAUUCUCACCACAGUGAUGCCUUCCCAGGUGCCUCGAGCCCAUUCCUUAGCGGAUACGUCAGCGCCUCAAGCGCUCACGGGUCGUCAGAUCCGGCCUUCCGAGCUCCCAACCAAGCCAGCCUGCAAACCCAACUGUGGGCCUCUCACCCUCAUGAAGGUUUUUCACACUUGCCAAGCAGUUUGUACCCCAGCCCUUACAUUCCCUUGGGCCACCUUGAGCAUCCACAGCUCAGCCAACAUGCACUCUUUGACUCCCAAAAAGAGGGGUUUUACCUGCCAGGUUCAGUGCACUCCCAGUCUGCACUGGCCAGGAGCCCAGUGGCUCACAUGCCCUGCUCCUUCUCCAGGGAAAAGGAGGCCCUACCUCCUCACAAAAGCUCUAAAGACUCGAGCAGAGAUCUGGGAAAAGAGAAGCCCUGUAAGAGUGUCCUAGGCCACUCCCUCCCAAGGAAGGACCGAGAAAGGCCAAAAGAGGAGUCACGGCCCCACAGUGUGGUGGACCUCACCUUGGAUGUCAUGGCAGAAGAUGAGCGCAGAGCAGGCAACUCAGAAAGGUCUACAAAGACUACGGAGCACGCUCGGCCUUUCUUUCACCAGCACUCUCCUGCUCUGAGCACCACGGACACUAAGCCUAAACAAUCUCACCAGAGUUUACUUGGCAACUGCGGGACAAGUAGUGGCAUGCCAGCCAGACACCUGAGUACGGAACAGGACAGGAGGGACAGAGACCGGGAUGACGAAACCAGCCGGCCAGGGGGCCACCUUUCCACUGACAAGCAGAAAAGAUGCGAUUCAGUUGCUACAUCAUCUGGUACGCUGCAUGUGUCGUAUGCCAGUCCCUCUUCCCUGCAGCCGAACCCGUCCCAUCUCCCGCCCAGGCUGGUGUCCUCUGGCACCUACCCUCCCCCUCACCACAUGCCGCCCAACAUGUACCCGCUCUACUCUACAGCGAAAGAGCCAGGAAAAGAACAGAGAGUGAUAGCUCCUACUUAUGUGCCUUCUGUCGAGGUUUACGAUGAGCGAAAAGGGCCAAUUCAAAUUGCCUCCCAAGCUCGAGAUAAUAAAAAUGACAAGAGCAGGGAGAGGGACUUGCACAGAUCAGCCCUGCAGGUGGGGAAUGAGAGAACACAUAUGGACCAUGGUCGGUCCUCCAUUAGGAGUGAGUCGCCCCCUCAUGGGGAUGUCAAGAGAGACAUUUUACGAGAGGAAGGCUCGAUAAUUAGGUCAAACGGUUUGGCCAUGAAAAAGCCCUUGCAUUUAGAAAUGUGCACAAAUAAAUCUGGAAACAGCCCAGAUGCCAGAGACUUAACCAACACUACAUCAAAACACAUGAUCAAAACAGGACUUGAAACUGAAUCCCGCAGCCAAGAGCGGGAUAGGGUUCAAAGGUCUGCCCAUCCGUUCUCUGGAAUGGAAAGUACACUUCACUCGGAGCAGCAUCCGUUGAAGGGCUUGGGUUCUGCUGAGCCCAAAUGGAAGCCUUUCGAGAUGGGCAAUUAUGCUACCAGUCACAUCGCCACAUUGGCGGCCCAACACACACAUGGCACCCGAGGUGAGGAAGAGGCCAAGCGAAUGUACCUAGAUACUACUGUCUUGCACAGACCGGUAGGCAGCGGCAGAAGUCCUGAGGGCCAAAGGGAGGUUUCAGCCAUGCAGAGCCUCAUAAAGUACAGUGGCAACUUUUCCAACGAGUCUGGCUCCAGGCACGGAUCCGAUAGCCAUAGUCCAUUUGGAGGACUGGGCAGCAUGAAGCUGCAGGCUGGUUAUCCCGGAGUGUCUAGAGUUCAGCACCUUCCACCCCAGCAGCCUGGAAAGCAGUUGAAGAAGGAGCCUGAGAGACCAGAGAGUGCUAAAUCCUUUGGCAGAGACGGAAGCUCUUCUCAGGGUGAAGCAGAGGUUCGUCAUCCCCCCGUGGGCAUAGCGGUGGCUGUUGCCCGUCAGAGGGACAACAGCAGCAAGCACAGCUCUGUAUCAGACAGGGACAGGCCAAUUGGAGGAGCCAUCAAAGGCCCAAUCCACACAGUGGAAGAACAAGGAGAUGAAAGGACGCGCCACCGUGACGAGCGCCUACUGUCGGGACGUGUGGAGCGUGAGCAGGAGAAAGUAUUAAGAGAGAAUAAAGAGUUGGCAGACUACACUCAGAUGCAUCCACCUAUGGUGUCUGCUAGUGGACUGAACCCCAACCUGAUGGUGACUGGUGGACCGACUCUGGCUGGUGCGGGCCGCUGGCCUGCUGACCCCGCCUCCCACCUGGCCUCCCACCCGUGGCUGCCCCGACCAGGAGCCCCCUCCAUGUGGUUGUCUGGCUCUCCUUAUGGACUGGGUCCCCCUUCCCUUCAUCAGACGCUGCCUCCAGGAUAUCCUUCUGCCUUGACAGGUUCCAUCCCCCCACCUUACCAGUUUGCCCGAGAUCCACAGACCGGACAGGUGGUUGUUAUUCAGACAGAGCAUCUGCCACACUAUGCUGAGAUGUUAGAGCGAGGCCCCCCGCUGUGGUCGGCCAUGUACCCGCCGGCAGGAAGCUCUCUGCAGCAUGCCCAUCAGCUCCAGCUCCUCUCCCACCAGCAGCUCCUGCGGCAACAGGAGCUUUACAUGAUCCAGCAUCAGACCGCACAGGUCAUGGAACUGCAGAGGAACGCACAGUUAGUGGAGAGAUUAAAUGCAAGUCACUCUAGGACCGAUUUGGAUGAUAAACCAGACAAGAGAGGAACUGAAGGGGCCAAAUCCAGUCUCUCGGGCAUCCCCACUCAAGCCCUGCACUCACGCAAGCCUCCCCCACGCUCUCCAACCCCCUCCACCUCGUAUAGAAAAGCCCUGACGCCGCUGCCCGUCCCACCGUUGCCUUCACCUGUCACUGCACUGAAGUCUGAGGAGAGACCCAAAGUGGAGAAGUCCCUCUCUCAACAGCCCUACUCCCAUCCAUCAUCUCCUGUCCCUCAUUCAGUCAGCCCUGUUUCGGCAUCGCCUCUUCCUACAUCCCCCAUCCAGACCAAAGAGGAAUCUGUGGAAGUGCCUGAGAAAGAAACACUCAGUCUACUGAAGCAAACUUCUACUCCGUUCCCAUCUAUGUACCAUGCAGAAAUUCCUCCUGGCUACCCAUACCAAUCGAUAACAGCACCGUUCGGCAGCCAUUACCCCUACCUCCUCCAGCCAGCCGCUGCCGCAGACGCUGACGGCCUGGCACCAGAUGUGCCAUUGCCGGCUGAGACAUCCGAGCACUUGGCGACCACCGCAGAUGUCAAACCCCAGCACUUGUGUUCUCCAGUGGUAGUGGAGUCACUUCAGGCAUCCAGAGAGAAAGAGUCAAUGGAUGAGGGCAGCGCUGUGUUAAAAAAAGAGCCAAACCUGGAAGACAACAAAGACGUCCUGAGCCAGGACAGGCUGAGGCUUGCACCCAUCACCACCCAAGACCCUAGAACCCCCCCAGAGGACGAGGCCCGCCCUAGAGCCACAGCCACACCAUUGCCAGAGGAUGAACAAGACCUGGGAGAUGGGGAGGCUGUCAAAAUCGAAGCUGCCACCUCAAGCCAUCCAGGGCUGUAUGAGGCAGAUGCUGAAAGAAGAACCAGAGUAGAAACUGCCGAGGACUCGAUUGGUCUGGUAGACCAAGUUUACAAAUCUUCAUCAAGUUACACUGACACACACCUUGUGGCUUGUGACAUCCAGCCAGCAAAACCCUCCGAUCUCUCUGAUAGUUUGAACCCAGUAGACCUCAGAGAUCCUGUCCCUGACACUCCACACCUGGAAUCCAAUCUUUUCCUGCCUAACAGCAGCCCUCCUCACCUUCAGCCCUCUUCCAUACCGGUGGCCAUCCUGCCUGGAGAUCCCAUGGCAGGCAUGUUCGCCCUGGUCACGGCCAGCGAGCUUCUGCCGGCCGGAGCAGUGUCCAUCCUGGCAGAUGCGUGCUGCUCUAGGUCUGAGCUCUGCAAGGGCGUCAGUCCCCUAGAGUCCACUGCUCUGGAAGGCAUGGCCCUGCUUAGCCAGAUGGCAGAGCUGGAGAUGCAGAAGCAACCCAGAGAUGACACACAGGCUGUAAUACUCUGUGGACUGGAGAGUCUGCUGGAAGCUGGCAGGCAGGUUCUCCUGGAGGCCAUCGAGUGUCAGCCUCAGAUUAUCAUCCGCCUCCCCCGAGAGCUCAACCCUAAUAAGAAAUACAGCUGGAGACAGAAGAAAGAUGAACCUAUGUUCUCCAAAUCCUCUUUGGAGGGAAUGGACACUGUAGAAGUGGACUACCGUGUGAGACUUGCUGAGCUGCAGCAGCGCUACAAAGACAAGCAACGAGAUCUUGUCAAACUGCAGAGACGGAGAGACAAAGAGGAGAAAUGUCAGCAGCAACAACAACAACAGCAGCAGCAACAACAACAGAUCCAGCAGCAAGAGAGGAACAGAAGUUUAGCCCGCAGGGGCCCGGGGCGUCCCCGAAAGAGAAAACAUGCCCUGUGCGCAUUGUCUCCACCCCUCAGCAAGCUGGAUUCGAAGUGUGCAAAGUUGGGCAGAAGCGUGCUGUACUCGGAGGACUCUGAGAGUGGGGAGGUGCUGAGGAAGCGCUUUCGGGCCUCUAACAGAGAUGAGGAGGAGGAGGAAGAUAGCAGUGCGCUGAGAUUGAAGAAGAAAAAAAAGAGCUGGGGCGAGCAGGAGGCAUCUUCAAGCUACUCUCAUGAGGCACCUAAAAUGGUCGUAAAGAAGAGCAGAGUGAGCGAGCAGGAGCAGUUGGCAUCCAAACUCGACAAGGCCUUGUCUCUCACUAAGCUCAGCAAACUCAGCAAGUCCUCUUGUAAGUUCAUAGAGGGUUCCUCAGGGAAGUCCAGGGCUAGCUCUGGAAGCAGAGUCCCCAUGCUCACCGAUUUAGACAUGAGAGUCAAGAUGGGAAAAUCCAGCCUGUCAAAAGAUCUCAGCAUCUUUCACAAGUCUUCCAAAGGAGGUAAAAGCAAAAUGGCUGCCAAAACGAAGCCUUCAGAUCCAUGCCUUAAGGGAAAAGGCCAGCGGAAAGCACCUUAUUCUCCAAUGAGGUCAGAAAUUAGCAGCUAUUCUAACAACACGGAUUCAGAAGAGGAAGAUUCCCUGAAGGAUGGCUGGCCUCCCAGCUCCUUGUUGGGGAGAACAGCGUCACGUCCACAGCUCCCCGGCCUGUGCAGCACUCCAACCAAGAAAAAGCGCUCAUCGUCCAAGAGAGCCUCUUCAUCUUUGUCUUCAUCACUCAAGUCCAAGCAGGCGGCCAAAGAGAGGAAACAUAAGCACUUUGCUUUAUUGCUACAGGAGGCAGGAGUCAGCUCCUCUGAGGACUCAUUUGACCAAGAGUAUUUCACCGAGCGGGAUGAUUAUGAGGAUGAUGAUGACGAGGAUGAAGAUGGGUAUGAUUAUGAGCUUGAUGAAAGCGACGGCCUGUGUUCGUCAUCUGUAGAAGAGAGUGGGCUGGGUCUUCUGGCCCGCUUUGCCGCCAGCGCUAUCCCGAGCCCCAUUGUCACCAAUCCGCUCUCCAUCGUCCAACUGGAGGCUAAACAGAAAGCCAAGAAGAAAGAGGAACGGCAGAGUCUACUGGGUACAGAGUUUGAGUUUACAGAUUCGGAGAGCGAUGUUAAAAUGAGAAAGAAGUUUCCGUCACUGUUGCACGGCAAGCGGUCGGCUCCUGAGCUCCCUCUCUUGCCGCCCGCGAGCGUCAGGCAUGACGACUCCAGCCCCAGCAAGCGUGGACGCAAACCGAAGAAACCCAAGUCUCCGCGGGAGUUCAGUUUCGAACUUACCGCCGACGGGAGCGAAGACGAACAGUGGACACGGCGGAGGAGUGAACGCAUCUUCCUCCAUGAUGCUGCCCAAGCCACCCCCAUCUCCCCAUCUGGCAAAACUCCUCUUCCACUCACUCCCAAACCUGCCCGUGGCCCCAAAGCGUCUCCGCAAAGCCCCAAAGAGCUGACCAAAGCCAAGGAGGUGAAAGACCCCAACAAGAAGAAGAGGAUUAAGGAGACCCCCUUGUGUCUGCCCCCACCCCAGCUCUCCAGCACACCCUCGGAAAGUGCCGGAGCUCUGCCUGUCAGCCCAGGCCGCAAGAGCAAGGUGAAGGCCAAAUCCAGAGAGGCUCGAGGGAAGGGCGGUGCUGUCAGUAAACUGAUGGAAAGUAUGGCUGCUGAUGAGGACUUUGAGCCCAACCAGGACAGCAGCUUCUCAGAGGAUGAGAAUCCCCCUGUGAGUGCUCAGCCCGAAAGACCCUGCACCCCCGCCCCUCGGAACUGUGUCAUUAACAAAGAUGAACUGCAGGAUGGAUUACGGGUCCUCAUCCCUAUGGAUGACAAACUCCUGUAUGCCGGCCACGUCAGCACGGUUCACUCUCCUGACAUAUACAGCGUGGUGGUGGAGGGCGAGAGGGGGAACAGGCCACAUAUCUACUGCCUGGAGCAACUGCUACAGGAGGCGAUUAUUGAUGUGAAACCCCCCUCUGUCAGAUACCUUCCCCAGGGGACCCGGAUCGCAGCCUACUGGAGCCAGCAGUACCGUUGCCUCUACCCUGGCACGGUCGUCAGAGGGAGUCCAGACAUGGAAGACGUGGACGAUUUGAUUACAGUGGAGUUUGACGAUGGAGACACCGGCCGAAUCCCUCUCUCUCAUAUUAGACUGCUGCCGGCGGACUACAAGAUUCAGUGUGCGGAACCGUCCCCUGCCCUCCUCGUGGCCAGCACCAAACGGCGAGGAAGGAAGUGCAGUAAGGAUGUACCUGAUGGAAAAGAAAUGCCACCCAAAAACACAGAGGAGUCUGCUCCAAAAAGUAGAGGCAGAGGAAGAAAACCCAAACCUAAGCCUGAGCCCGAAGUCGCUCCAAAGGAGCAUGAAAAGCCUGACACACCAGCCCUGACGCAGGUCCCUGAGAGGCCCCUGUCCAGCCAGAAAAGCGGCCCACGGCCAGGUAGAAAAAUGAAGCAAGUCGGCACAGCCAGCCCCUCCAUUCCCGUAUCUAAUGAAAGCCAGAAGAAAACCGCAGGAAUCAAGCCCCCAGCCAAAGUGCGUUCCCAGCCCUACUCGCAGCCACUCUAUGGAAAAGUUCUGUCUGUGGAUCUCUAUAAUGAGCCCUCCACUUCUCUGGUCUCCUUUAUAUCCAACAAUGAGACUCUGAGUCCCGCAGGGAAAGGAAAGCCGGUCAAACGCUUGCGAAAGCCUGAAGAGGAGGCAUCUGGGUUUGGUGUGAAAAUGCAGCGCAAGCAACCUCAGACUGAGGUCCUUAUCAAGCUGGACCAUGAGGGAGUCAUGUCACCCAAAACCAAAAAGACCAAAGCCCUGAUGAUGAUGGAGGGCCAGAACCUCUCCAAAAGAGAGAAUAAGUCUGUGUUGGGUGUCAGCUACACUACGAUAUCCACUGCUGACAAAGCACUGAAGGCUAAAAACAAGGCGGUUGAGGCAGAGCCGACUACUGCUGAGAGCGUGUCCACCUACAGCGUUCGUAAGCUGGGGAGCGGCAGCGAAGGUCUGAUGAAGGUAAGCAACUCAGGGGAGAAGGACAAGAAGGAACUGGAGUGUCCCAACUGCAGUAGCAGUAGCAGCAGCAGUUCGGAGUCAGACGGAGAGGAGGAGCGAGGGACCUCACAGGACAAGAAGCCCAAACAAGACUCAACCAGCUCCAAUAGCUCGCGGGCAUCAAGUCCCACCUCUUCCAGCUCAUCCACAAGCAGUUCCUCAUCCUCGGCUGGAUCCCACUCCUCCUCCUCAUCGUCAUCCUCCUCCACCACCAGCGAUGAAGAAUCCUCCUGUAGCUCAGAUGAAGAACCGGCCGCUGGUUCUCAACCAUCCCCUGCCACAGAACAUGCACCACCUCAAGAGGAGGAAGACGAGAAGGCCAAGGUGAAAACAGGGCCUUCUGCCAGCGUCCAGAAGCUCCAGAAGCAGCAGGCAUCUGCUACUCAGCAGCAGAAGCCCCAGAAAGAGCAGAAGGUCAAGCAGGGUGUCGGUCGCCCCAAAAGACGAGAGGGAGUCCACCUCCCAACAACUAAGGAGCUGGCAAAAAGACAGAGGCUACCCUCCGUCGAGAACAGACCCAAGAUCUCCGCUUUUCUUCCUGCCAGACAGCUGUGGAAGUGGUUUGGAAAGCCUACUCAGAGGCGGGGAAUGAAAGGGAAGGCAAAGAAGCUUUUUUACAAAGCCAUAAUGCGUGGGAAGGAAAUGAUCCGUAUUGGAGACUGUGCUGUGUUCCUGUCUGCUGGACGACCCAACCUCCCAUUUAUUGGACACAUCCAGAGCAUGUGGGAGUCCUGGGGAAACAACAUGGUGGUCCGUGUCAAAUGGUUCUAUCAUCCAGAGGAAACCAACCCUGGGAAGAAACUUCAUGACAAAAAGAACUGGGAUCAAAUGUCCGGCCAAAGUCUUCCUGCUGUCCUGCAUGCUUCCAACCAGAGGAAAGACUUCAUGGAGCGGGCACUGUACCAGUCCUCUCACAUUGAUGAGAAUGACGUCCAAACCAUUUCUCAUAAAUGUCUGGUGGUCAGCCUUGAGCAAUAUGAGCAGAUGAUUAAAACUAAGAAGUACCAGGACAGCGAAGACCUCUACUACCUGGCCGGGACUUAUGAACCCACCACUGGAAUGAUAUUCAACACGGAUGGGGUCCCAGUAAUCUGCUGAGAAUCGACAAGUGAGACGUGUGGAACAAAACCAAUGAGACAUAAGGGCUAGACAGAUGUGUUGGCUUUACCCAAAGCCUGACUAAUCAAUCAAGUAUGGAAAACGUCCUGACAAAGACACAAGCAUCAGUUGAGAUCAGAGA